UACUGAUAAGCCUGGUGGUUGGAGCUAUCGCCACUGUUGGUGGUGGCGGCAGUGACAAACAGAGGGAGAGAUGUCGAGAUUGCGAAGACUGAUACAAGCUUCGGUUGAUGCAACCAAGAGAGCUUUAUCCGGUAAUCUCGAUGAUUUGAUGCCACCACCGGAGAGACCCAUCUUCAGCUUCAAUUCCAAGAAAGAGUUGAGCAAGUGGCAUUUGUAUUCUGAUUCCGAAUUUGGAGGUUUGUCCUCUGCGUCUCUGCAGAUAACUGAGUCGGAGAAUGGAGUAACUUCUGGAAUCUUCUCCGGGAACCUCUCUCUGGAUGUCACUGAGGGCUCUAAAUGGAACAUCACUCGGGGUGGCUUCUGUGGAAUGCGCUCUAAAAAGUUUGAUGGCUUUAUUGAUUUGGAUUCAUAUGAUACUAUUGCUAUGAAACUUAAAGGAGAUGGAAGAUGUUAUAUAUCUACUAUCUACACGGAGAAUUGGGUCAAUUCACCUGGACAGAUGGAAGAUAAUUCAUGGCAAGCUUUUGUUUAUGUGCCUGAAGGCAACUGGUACAUUACAAAGGACGUCUACUCAAAUAAAUAUCGUUGAGUGGUGUGUAUUCUGUUGCUUACAACUUAUGACCAUUUCUCCUUCCAUACACUAUUUUACUAGUUGUGCCAAAUUAGUGGUGAAAAUGAUAGGUUUAUCUUUUGGAAAAUAAGGACUUGGACAACUCAAAUCAGAUGCAACGAAAGAUUUUGGACAUCAGCACAUUGCUUUUGUAUAUUCCAUCUACUUCCUUAGAAGCCUUACUACUGCAAUGUUUAUAAAGGGUCUAGGUGUGAUUAGGAAGACUAUUCCUGGUAUCAAAGCAUAACAGUACACUAUUUAUUUGCUUUGAUUAUAAAUCUCUGGAGCAUUAACACUGGAUCAUAGAAUUUGUGAUUUGGAAAGCUUCUGAUACGUUACAGGAGGCUGCCAAGGAAGUGUAACCACUUCAAAAUAAUAGUUGUUUGUGUCAUAACCGUAUCAGACUCGUAUAAAUGUUGGACAGUUCACAGGAUUUCAACUUUAAAAUGUAAUCACAACUUUUUUUUUUCUUUUCUAUUCUUUUUUAAACUCAAUACCAAUAAAGAUGUCAGUAUCACAAUAAUUAGAUAAACUAUGGAUUUUUAUUCAUGUCUUGUGAUUUUCAAAAUUUUCUAUACAAUUUUCUAAUGGUAUCAUAUUUGUAGUUUUCAGGAAGGAGCUUUUGUGCAUAAGAAAUGUUGAUUGUUUCUGUGGAUCUUAUGCUUAACAUUAUAAUUUAUGUGCUGUUCAUUUUGGAACAACUCAUGUCAUGUUACAAUCAACUGUCAUGGUUGCUAUGCAUAAAAGUAUCAAAUAUCAACAUUGUUAUUUGUUAGCGAGCAAAGUAGGUCUUGAUGUGCACCGAUCUUAUUAUUUGAAGUUCAGUGGACAAUAUGUCAACAUAUGAUAUAAUUU